AUGAGGGUCAAAGCCUCUGUCUCUCUGCUGUCUCUCGUCGCAUUGUCACGGGCCUCAAGCCUGUGGUGGGACACCGAUGAGAGCUUCAGUAGCCCCGACAACACCGAGACCACCUGUUUUACGAAGCAGCAAGCAGGGUUCGACUGGUCCGACCUGGCUGUCGGUACCUCUCCGACCUAUGAAGGGUUCGAGUUCUCCGGCUUCUCCGUGAGCAACAACUUCAGCACUGCUUCCAGCGCCAAAUCCAUCGUUGGCAAGCUCACCAAGGACACCUCUUCGGCUCCCAAGAUCUCUGCAUCAAAGGACAAAGACUUCUCCGUCAGUGACCUUCAACUGGCCUCUUCUCGCGACACGGGCAUCCGCAUCGUUUAUGGCAUGGCCGACGGCACUAAGUGCAACGAUUUUGUUUCUGCCUCUGUCAAUGGAACCCUUGUCACUAAUGACCAGUGUGGCGGUGCCAUCUCGAUCAGCUUUCAAUUGGCCGAGGAUGCCCAAGUUGACGCCAGCUUGUUGAGCGUGUACAAAAUUGGAUUCGACUGCUCUUCUGGUAAGACGUCAACCAAUGCUCCCGGAGCUGCGUCGUCGCUGCAGGCAAGAGCCCACUCCGUGCAGCUCAUUCGUAAGGACCACCGGACUACUCCUGCAGCUGCUGUGACCCCUGCCCCGGAGGCGCCUGACAACAAGCUAACGACCUCGACAUUCUAUAUCACGAGUGAAAUUGUGAUCACUAGCUGUGGCCCAUCGGUGACUGAUUGUCCGGCAGACUCCACCACAGUGGUCACAUCAACGAUUCCUGUCUCGACUGCUGUUCAUUCUGUCACUGAGACCUCUGCAGCUGAGUCUUCGACGGAGAGCGUCCCUGACGUUCCAGAUCUCACCUCCACCAGCAGCGUGGACUCUAGCGUCGUUGUCCCUACCGAUACGUCUUCCAGUGAGACUGUCCCGACCGAUACAUCUUCCGGCAAGACUACGCCAGGUGCCACAUCGUCUAGCAGCGCGGUCCGCAGCUUCACAUCCUCUGACGAGAUCGUCCCAAGUGCCACGUCUAGCAGCACAACUAGUCUCACAUCUUCUAUCAGCGUGCCGUCGGGAAGCUCCCCUGUGGAAUUGCCUUCUUCUCACUUGAUCCAUACGCACAGUACCACCAGCGGACCUCUACCUGUCAUCACGCCGGGGCCUAGCCCCUCUGCUCCAGCUGUGGACAGGGUCACCGUUAUUACCUGGGUCACUGUGACAAGCUGCCCGGUCACCUCCACGGGAACGGUGAGCGGCCAGUUAACUACUUCGGUGGGCACUACGCUUUCCACUGUGACCAUGACCUCAACGUCGACUAUCUGUACUAGAUGCAUUACUCCAACCAGUGUACCCUCAGGCGUGGCACCUAUUUCUUCAGGCCCUGUCUCGUCAGCUCCUGUCAACACGCCUGGACCUAGUGCUCCUGCUUCAAGCGUUGAUGAGACCACAGUGAUUACCUGGGUGACAGUGACAAGCUGCCCGGUCACUUCCACCGGAACCGUAAGCGGCAAGCUGACCACUUCAGUGGGCACUACGCUGUCUACCGUGACCAUGACCUCAACCUCUACCAUCUGCACCAAAUGCAUUGCUCCAACCAGUGUCCCCUCAGGCGUGGCACCCAUUUCUUCAGGCCCUGUCUCGUCAGCUCCUGUCAACACGCCUGGACCUAGUGCUCCUGCUUCAAGUGUUGAUGAGACCACAGUGAUUACCUGGGUGACAGUGACAAGCUGCCCGGUCACUUCUACCGGAACCGUAAGCGGCAAGCUGACCACUUCAGUGGGCACUACGCUGUCUACCGUGACUAUGACCUCAACCUCUACCAUCUGCACCAAAUGCAUCGCCCCAAGUACCACUGUCCCAUCAGGUGUGGCACCCAUUUCCUCGGGUGCUAUCUCAUCCGCUCCUGCCAACACCCCAGGUCCAAGCGCGCCCAUUUCGAGUGUGGAUAAAACAACAGUGGUGACCUAUGUUACGCUAACUACGUGCCCAGUGACAGCCACAGUUUCCGAGGGUGGCUCUGUGAGCACUUCGGUGGGCACCACGGUUUCGACCGUCACGCUGACGUCUACUUCGACGAUUUGUACGAGGUGUAUUGCUCCCACCUCGGUCUCGUCGUCGACUCCUACCGUGACGCCGACUUCGCUUCUCACUUCGGUUGCCACGUCGCUCACGCUGCCUCUUCCAUCUUCCGUGGCUCCGGUCUCAUCGGGGCCUGCAUCGUCUGGUCCCUCGCCGUCUGGUCCUAUCUCAUCCGCACCCGUUCCAACAGGACCCGCUCCAACAGGUUCUGUUCCUAUUACCAGCGUGGAUAAGACUACUGUUGUCACAUACACCACAGUGACUACUUGUCCGGUGACAUCGACCGUUUCUGAAGGGGGUUCCGUGUCAACUUCAGUAGGAACCACUGUUUCUACUGUCACGCUCACUUCAACCUCGACUAUCUGUACCAGAUGUGUCGCGACAACCCUUCCCUCGGGUGUUGCGCCUGUCACUUCAGGACCGAUCUCAACGGGUUCCGCUCCAUCAGGGCCCGUUCCAUCAGGCUCUGUCCCUGUUACUAGCGUGGACAAGACUACUGUGGUCACUUACGUCACUGUCACCACCUGUCCUGUGACUUCAACAGUCUCAGAAGGUGGAUCCGUAAGCACAUCUGUAGGCACUACCGUCUCGACGGUCACGCUCACCUCAGUCUCAACCAUCUGUACCAGAUGUGUUGCGACCACACUUCCUUCCUCUGUGGCUCCUGUCACAUCCGGUCCAGUUGAAGCGACCACUUCAAGUGUGGACAAGACUACGCUUGUCACAGUCACGUCAGUGUCCAUUAGCCCGGUGACUACGACAAUCUCCGCUGGCGGAACUGUCUCUACCUCAGUGGGAUCCACGGAGUCGACUGUCACUAUCACAUCGGUGUCAACUAUCUGUACUAAGUGUAUCGCACCUACCACAGCUCCCUCCGGUGUGGCCCCUGUCACCUCGGGCCCCGUUUCGUCGGCUCUCUCAAGUGCUGAUAGCACUACAGUCGUUACAAUUACCUCAGUUUCUACUAGCCCUGUGACGACUACUAUCUCAGCAGGCGGGAGUGUGUCCACGUCAGUGGGCUCUAGUGAGUCGACCGUGUAUAUCACGUCCACCUCAACAAUUUGCACCCGAUGCAUUGCCCCCACGCCAGUACCGUCGGAUGUUUCGCCUAUUUCCUCUGAGGUGCGGAGCACGACAACGGUGGUCACUUGGGAGACUUUGACUACUUGCCCGGUCACGACGGUAAUCACGUCAAGUGGAGUUCCUGUCACAUCGGUCACAAGUACUAUCUCAACGGUGACUCUGACCUCGGUUUCAACCAUCGUAACAUCUGUUGCAGUUAGUGUGCCCUCUGUCCCGACCACUGUCAUUCCAGGCGGCCCUUCGGCAUCAACAAUCGUUGUUUCUGGUGUUUUCUCGACUCAGACAACUGUCGUCCCUGGUACCCCCUCGGUGCCAACAGCCGGUGUUCCUACUGUGAUUGUGACUACAUCGCCUGGUGCUCCUUCCGGUCCUACAGGUCCCUCAGGCGUCUUGCCUGUUUCUUCUCAAUCCGACAGCACAACAGCAGCUGCUCCCACCGUGACAACGGUCAUAGCGUCUGGUGGUUCCGCUGGUCCCACUGGAGUCUCUCCGGUAUCCUCCGAGCUCGAGAGCACGACUACACUCGUUACAUGGGAAACCUUGACCACAUGUCCAGUAACCACGGUCGUCACCUCAGGCGGUGUCCCUGUUACUUCAGUUACCAGCACAAUUUCGACUGUUGUUCUGACCUCUGUCUCGACGAUUUGUCCCAGAUGCUCGGCCGCUCCAACCGCUGUCGCUCCUGUAACAUCUGUUGAGAGCGUCACCACCGUUGUGACAUGGCAGACUGUGACGACAUGCCCCGUAACGACGGUAGUCACCUCCGCGGGACAGCCAAUUACCUCGAUCUCCAGCACUGUGUCCACAAUCACGAUGGUUGCAACAUCAACCAUCGCAAAGACGAUUGUUAUCCCAACAGGCGUUGCUCCUGUCACUGGCGUAUCCUCGCCGGUGCCAUCUGCCGCUUGUCCUAGCGUGGUCCCUAAGUGUAUCAACACCUGGUUCGAGCUGGUGCCGAAGUGCACCUCCAACACGGAUACAAGCUGCUACUGCCCCGCGGCGAAAUUCACCAAGAAGGUGAUCGAGUGCGUCCAAGCAUGGGGUUCGUCCGCAUCAGAAGUUCAAGCUGGUCUCUCAUGCUUCACCGGCAUCUGUGCGGCCUAUGUCCCCCAAAAUCCUGGCAUCGUCACCAAUAUUCCGUCCAGCAUCACCCUAGGCCCAACCCCUGUCCCCAGUGCCGUUGCUCCUAUCAGUGGCCAAGCCUCUCACUCAGGCAACACUGCUAAGCUGACCAGCGGACCCGCUGUUGCGCCGUCUGUUCCCUGCACCACAAUCACCUACUCUACCUGGACGGUGACCGUGCCGCAGGUCGUCUUUACGACUGCGACAGCCAGCUCGCAGACAAGUAUCGGCCUGGUCCCAGGGGUAAGCUCGACUCGGCUGCCGAACCCCUGGCUCCUGUCCUCAUCAGCCUGGGCGUCGCGCUCGGGCAGCCCGACACCAACUCCGACCCCAUCGCCGAGCUACACGCCCUUGUGGUCGAACACCGGCGUGACGCUGGGUGUAUCCUGGACGUGGUGGCUAGCAGUUGCUGUUGCUACAGUCUUAGGAUUGUGGUGA